AUGGCCAAGAUUCAGGGUAUCUUCGAGAAAAGUUUUAAUGCCACUUUUGUGGGUUUAAUUCCUAAGAAGGUUGGAGCCAAGGAACUGAAAGACUUCAGACCUAUUAGCUUGGUAGGCAGCAUCUACAAAAUCAUCUCCAAGUUGUUGGCGGAGAGACUCAAGAAGGUGGUGAACAAGAUACUAAGCAAGGAGCCUGGUAUUUUAUGCAAGCUGGAUAUUGAGAAGGCCUAUGAUCAUUUGAAUUGGAACUUUUUGCUAGAGACUUUAAGAAAGAUGGGGUUUGGUGGAAGAUGGAGGGGCUUGAGACAGGGUGAUCCCCUAUCUCCCUUUUUGUUCAUCAUUGCCAUGGAAGGUUUGAAUGACAUAUUAAAGACAGCUCAGAUAAACAAUUGGAUAAGAGGCUUCAGGAUGUUGAGGGUCAUUUUUAUCCUGUUUGAAGCCAUUUCUGGCUUACACAUUAAUUGGGAUAAAAAUUUUGUUUAUCCUGAGGUAAUGGAGCUCCAAAACUUGGCUGGAAUUCUUGGUGGUAAAAUAGGCAACCUGCCUACUGUGUAUUUGGGAAUGCCUUUGGGGGCCAAAAGCAAGUCAAAGGGAUAUGGAAUGGGGUCUUAG